AAUUCAUGAGUUAUUUUCAACUAAUAAUUUCUUGGAGAUUGCCUACGAAUAGUGCCUACCUAGUGUGUUUUAUCCAGAACGAAACCAAUGACUAAGUUACUUCAGUGGCCAUCAGCUAUUUUGGAACGCUUAUCCUUUGAAAUUCAUCCCAUAAAUUUUCCAAAUGGAUCUGAAGGAGAUGAAUGGAAAAAGCUUUUCAAACUUUGUGCAUGUCAGCGUCUUUUUUUGCCGUCCAUACUUCAUCACAUUGACUCAUUAUUAUAUGUGGAUACAGAUGUACUUUUUUUACGUCCAGUAGAAGAAUUAUGGGAGCACUUUUAUAAAAUGAAUAGUAGUCAUAUUGCUGCUUUGUGCCCAGAGCAUGAAGAUUUUGCAACUGGGUGGUAUAAUCGCUUUGCCAGACACCCAUUUUAUGAGCCUUUAGGUGUUAAUUCUGGUGUUAUGCUGAUGAAUCUGACGAGAAUGAGAACAUUCCAGUGGGAAACAUAUCUUCCAUCAAUCAUGAAGGAAUAUCGAUUGAAUAUUGUAUGGGGUGACCAAGAUAUUAUUAAUAUAAUAUUUCACUUUCAUCCUGAAAAACUGUAUUUAUUUCCAUGUGAAUGGAAUUUUCGCCCUGACCAUUGUAUGUACUCAAAUGUUUGUAAAACUGCAGAGAAAAAUGGCAUAGCAAUCAUUCAUGGAAACAGAGGUGUGUUCUUAAACAAUAAACAACCAGCUUUUAAAGCUAUUUUUCAAGCCAUGUUACAGGUCUGUGAUCCACUAAAUAUGUGCAAAAUAGGGCAAGAUGGAGAGUUUCCAUGUAACGGUAUCACCUUGAUCAAGUAGUAGCAAGCUACAACAUAAACAUUUUCAGUAAUAAUGCGAUGCCUCACUUUCGAAACAUUUUAGAACACAACACUUGAAGGGAAUUAUCUGGAUGUUUUUAUGGAAGGCAAUUUCGCAUCCAAAUAGCAACUUCCUCAUCAUUUUCCAUGUACACCUCACUUUCAUAGCACAGACCUGACCUGAUGUCUGAAUAUGAAAAUGUUUGGAAUUCAGCUCUAAAGCAUUUGAGAAGGGGUAUGCUGCAUAUAUGUGACCUUUAAAUAUACCUGGCUGAUAAGAAAUUUUCGUUUCAUCAAUUUUUUGAAAUCAUACAUAAAUUCAGAUAUAAAAAGGUGUUAUCUGAUUUUCGAAAAUCAUAGGCUAAGAAGUUAACAAUGAAGACUUUCACAAAAGUGGGCUCAGCAAGUAAGAAUUACAACUUCAGAAGCAGUUACAAAAGGCGAUAUGAGAAGAAAUGCCUUCAGAAAAAGAAGAAUGACGCCAAAUUAAUGACGUAGUUAGCUCGCCAGAGGUUUUAUACUAAAGUAGGUGCACUUCUAGAAACGAGCUAUGAUUGGUCAAUAUUAAUUUUAGUUACCGUUUUCAAGCAGUGUUACAUAACAUCUAAAGAUCUCGAAUUUGAGAGAACAGGUGAAUUUAAGGGAAGAGCACCAAAUUUAAAAUGUUAAUUUUGAGGUCGUCAAUUAGUUUUUAAAGCAGCUAUCAUAUUUUUUUACAUAUAUAUAGUAGUUUAUUAUCUCUUAGAUUAUUUAAUAUGUUCUGUCCUUUGAAAAAAAGCAGUUAAAAUUAUAUAUAUCAUAAAGGGUGACUGUAUUUUUAUGUUUUUAUAUGUAACUUUAUUCAUUAUUAUACUUAAGAUAGCAAGCAAAACUAAUAAUAGCAAAACUUUUAAUGUAAUAUUUAAUCAACUUCAUAUAUUCAGAGAAAUGACACUUAUAAUGUUUUACAGUUUUGAAAUGAAAAGCUUUAAAGAAUUCUUUCUUAUAAAUGACAAAUAACAUUGAAAUAGUAUAAUCAGUAAUGCAACUAGUAUAAAAAUUAUCACACUGAGUUUUUAAGCAUUUUUAAUUAUUUAAAAUUUCUUGCCUUUAACAAAACAAAAUCAUCAAUAAUCUUGAUCAAUAAUCAAUCAAUCAAAAUCUACUUGAUCACGUAAUUCCAGUGUUCUUUAGAAUGGCUGUGUGUGGUGUUGUUGCGACUUUUCUCACUUGUUUGACAGUAACAUCAAAAGAAGCCCAUAAAAUUCAUUAUGGCGAGGAGUGUAAGAUUGUACUUGUCUUUUGGCAAGAGCCUUGAUCAUCCUGCAGAUGACAGCAUGACUUUGCUCAGUUCAACCCCCAGUUAGAAUGGUCAGCAUCCCAGGAAUACUGGUCCGAGGGUCUCCAACCCCUCAUUUCCACUUCACCAACAUCCCAAGAGGAUUUUUGGCUUGCCGCAUAAUUAGAGUGCCAAACAUCCAUGCCUUCUCUGGGAUUCGAACAUAGGCCGUCCAGUGAGGCAGUCAGCAUUGCUAAUCACUUAAAUUGAGUUUACGAAGGAAGUGUCAAUAGUAUUGUGAACUUAUUUAAUGCAUUUAUUUUAUACUAUUGUUUAUAUAUUGUUUCCUUGAAAUGCUUGUUACCUUUUUUCUUAUAUAAUAUUUGUAUAAGCAAUAUCAAAUUUUGUAUGAUUGAUUUGGCAGCAUAGUAUAGUAAAAACACUGUUCUAAAAAUUAAACAUAAUGUUACCUCUUGUUAGCACUUCGCACACUGUAGAUGGUAAUAUAUGCUUUCUUAGUUGCUUACUGUUAAAUUAUUUGAACUUGAAUAUAACUCUGCGUCACUGA